CCACUCCUGAGCGAGGCGACAACGGCGAGCGCGACAUCAGAUGUUCGGGAGAGCAAAACUUGGAAUUGAUAUAGAAAUAAGGCUGCAACGUGUCCGGCGAGUCCAGUGUGGAAUACUUUGUUGCCAGAGGUGUGGAGGACAGGUCGGCGUACUGAAAGUAGCCAGAAACAGCAAAAACUUUGUAGCUAGCAUAACUGCAGAAGCUUAAAGGACACAUCUGUCCUGCCAGUGUCCCAUCUACCACCCUCCAUCUUCAUGAAAAUGAAUCAGUCGGUGGCAGCGCAGGUGUCAGUGACACUCAGUUAAAUGUUAGUACUACUUGAGCAGAUAUCGCUCGGCUGGCCGAAGAGGAAAAAGAAGAAAGGGGCUGUUCGAGGUGCUGGAAGAUGUCUCUCUGGAUGAUACUGCCCGUUAGCCUCCCAGUUCUGACCAUCACUGGGAUAUGGGUUGUGUAUGCCAUGGCCCUGUAUAACCAGCACGUCUGCCCUGUGGAUAACUGGUUGUACAACCAGUCAUGUGAAGAGGAGCUGUAUUUGCAGAGUGGGCCAACCUUGUGCUGCACACUAGACAAUGUACCUCUCAUAAGUAAAUGUGGGACUCUUCCCCCUGAGAGCUGCUUCUUCAGCCUUAUCUGCAGCACAGGAUCAUUCAUGGUUAUGGUGAUUGUGCUGCUUCGCUAUGCCCACGUCAUUGAGAAGCACCAAAAUUGUGUUCUCAACACAGCAAGUCUCUCCACAGGCUGGAUCUGUGCUGCUGGACUCAUAAUGGUGGGCAACUUCCAGGUGGAUAAUGCCAAAGUUCUCCACUAUGUCGGAGCAGGCAUUGCCUUCCCCACCAGUAUGCUGUUUGUGUGCCUGCAGUCAGCACUGACUUACCGACUGGCCAAGACCCAGGGGGAGUACAACGUGGCCCACCUCCGGCUCUGCAUGACCCUGCUGGCCUUUGUAGCCUUGGUGCUCAGUGGUGUGUUUUUCUGUCAGGAGAGCUUCGUCCUGCAGCACGCGUCAGCCAUCUUUGAAUGGGUGUUCUGCGUCAUCGUCAUGCUGUUUUACGGGACAUUUGCCUUCGAGUUUGCCGGCAUGUCGGGAGAUACCAUGGCAGUGCUGGCUAGAGGAGGGGCCCUGGGGCCUGCUGGGAGAGAACACAAGGUGGACGCGCUGGGAGCACUGGGAGGGUCCGGUCCACACUCACAACCACAUCCACACCAGCCUGAAAACAUGUCCAUACUGUAGCCCGCUGGCACAUCUUCAUGCCACACAGUUGGCUUGGUUAUUCCUUGCAAACUCCGGUUGUCAAAUGAGUUUAAUUAUUCGUUUCCAGCCAUGUUCGUCUGAAGCUUUGAAAUGAACCAGGCCAGUGCAGUCGCCGUUCACGGCUGAGUGGAUUCUACUAUUUCAACCCCAGGGGUGUAGAUCUGCAGCCACAGUGGAGAGCUCCGCUUGUAUUGUGCUCACAUCAGAGCUUGGUGUCUCUAAAGAACUUGUUUGCAUUUUGCACAUUGUACCAGUGUGAAACCAAAUUUUCUCCAAACUCAGCCCUGUCCUCAGCGACCAGCAGGGCGUUAUUUGUCAGUCAGAUCAAGAAAAUGUACUGUUCCUCCCAGAGAUACUAUAACCUGGACCAUUCCCACUUCUGGUGACCGCUGUGAUGCUUUUAUUGUACGUAAAGGAGUGAAGGCUGCUGGAUGGCCUAGCUGACAGUAUUACCGAGAGACGGAGAGAAAGGCAGAGAGAGAGAGAAGAUGAUGCAUGAGUGUCACAGUUGGAGCAAGGACAGACCUGAGCAAAGAAACAGUCUGUCAGAUAGACGAGUUACUGAAUGUUUUAGUUCAUCCUGAAGGUAGAACAGGGCCGCGGUCUGUAUUUUGCAAUCACUUAAACCUGCAUUAAGUAAUAUUCUUGAUAUGACCUUCACCACACCGAACACUCUACACAAAUAUGUAGCUGCUUUUAACUGACUGUUACUCAGCCUUCAUACUCUGUCUAGCCGAAUGUACGCUUCCUUCUUGCCAAGGUUAACAAGUGGAAGGUGAAGAAAGUUGAUCCGUGUGGCAAGCCGAAGGACCCAGAUGUUUCUCAGGAGCUGGUUAACCAAGGCUGAAAGGAAACUGAAUGUUGGACUCCUAUUUUUCAGGUGGCCAUUAGGAUAAUCAUGUUGCUCUGCGUCUGCUGGAUGUCUGAUUGGCGCCUGGAAGCUUUAGGUGAUGUGCCAUAUCAUUACUUUAACUACAUACAGAACAUACAGUGCCUCAUAAUUCAAAGAGAACGCCUGAGUCUGAAAAUAUCUCUUAUUGUAAGGAUCAAUACAGUAUAUCGACCUUGAACCUCAAAUAGCAUUGAACUUCCUCUCUGUAAAGAAUACGGAGGAGAGAUGAUACAGUGUCCAGAGGCCAAGUGCAUACCAGCUAAUUCAAGCCAGAGCUCUGGGUUUAUUGAGUUUGGUGACAACUCGGCACCACACGUGUUUUCAUGUCGGAGGUCUGCAUCUCAUUAUUCCCCAGCAAGGAGGAGCAGAACAUGCCGUUAUUGCUUCACCUGCUUACUUUUCCUUUCAAUCUCAGAAACUCGUGAGUUUUUGGAGCUGGUCUAGCUGGCGUAGCGGGACAAAGGGAAAAGGAAGGAUAAAAGUGAGAUGCAUUGUCCUGCGUCCAUGUUACUGUACAGCAGAAUAUACCAAAUAUCAGCUUGCCUGUGGUAACGGUGCUAAAAUACAGAAGGCCUUAUCCUGUCAUUUCCCCCUGAGUUUAGCCGUGAUUAACGUCUGACAAGUGAAAGCAAUAAGAUGGAUAAAUAGGGUCGGUCUCAGUAUUGACUGCUGAUCGUGAAGGAGCAGGGACAGAAGGUUGCAUGCACGCCUGGGAGUGCCAGGAAUACCAAAGAGGAUAUGUGGCACUAUCAGUUCAUUUACAUUGAAAAAUGCCCCCUGCUACCUACACUGACUUGAUAUCUGUCAGUGUAGCACAGCCUCGUGGUUGCAUAGCUUUUUCUUUCAGUCGUUUCUCUGUGCAGAUGUUCAGUCGCUGAAUGAAUUCAUUGAUUUUGUGAUGUUCUGGGCAGUGUUGUAAUACAGAGAGUGGCGCCAGAACUACUGUUCAUAUUUUCAGCAAACAUAACACACUCUGAGCUCUCUGGUGAAAAACCAGAGCAAGCAGGGGGUUUACAGCCGUAGCACAGUAGAAAUAUCACUCCCUCGUACCACAGCUGGCCACAUGUUUGAGCAGAGGUUUCCUUAGUGCCAGUAUUUUGGGUUUAAGUGGCCAUUCUUCAAACCCAGUUUUACAAUCUCCUACAGAAGGAAUGAAAUGUAGUAGUUUACUAUCAGACUGAAUGUAUGAAUGCUUUCAACAAGACUGGAGUGGAAGAGCUUGAGCACGCUGCUCUGUGGAAUGAGCUGGCAAGACCGAAACGACACCAGCCGCACCACUGAUCACUUGCUUCUCUCUACUGGUCAAACCGCUUAUUGCACAUGAGUUUGUGUUGCAAUCAGAGCUGGAAUGUUGCAGCUCAGCUCACAGGAAGUCUUGUUUUCUACUUGAAAAGCUACAUGUUUUUGUACCCACAGCUACGGAUAUUCACUCAGCCACACGUUCAGGCCAAAUCUGCUCUCGUUUUACUUCUGCAGCUCCAUAAUGAAGAGCACUCCAGCCUGUGCUUCUGGCUUUAGUACAGCAGCGAUCUUCAGUUCGUUCUACCUGGCAUCACCUUGAAGUAAAACUUAGCCUUGUGACACUACUUCUACAAUAUGCAUUCUAACAGAUCACAGUAAAGAUUUGAUGCAUUUGAACUGUUAAGCCAAAUGAUGGUGCUGCUCUACCAAGAAACAUUUUGUCAUUACACAGUUACUGUACGUGUUUGAUUUGUGGUUUAUGCAUGCUGCCCCUGUUCCCUGCUGAACACUACCAAGGUGGUUUAAAAUAUUUCUUUUGAGAGACUUACUUUGGAUCUGAUUCACAUUUUGCAUCGCCUGCUCGGCCUCCUCUUCUUCGUGUCAACCCCUCUACUCUCUGUCCUUUUUUAUCGAUCUGUCUGAACUUUGCACUCAGGAAAAUGUUACGACACCAGCUGCAUUGCUCGAUCAAAAGCAGAAUGAACCCUGCUCGCUUCUGCCUUGUUGUCUUCGUCUUAACGGCAUUUGUUUUACAUUUAUUCGUCAUGUGUAUUCAUUUUGUGUAGUACAGGUGCAAAUGCUUUUUGCACAGUUGUAGGUUCGAUGGUUAGCCACAAUAUAAUAGAUUAUUUUUGUUAAUCAAGAGUCUGUAAAGCUUAAAAAUAAACAUUCCUUCAUAGUUAGCUUGUGAGAAUGCUUGUGCUGCCCGAACAAACACAGUUAAAUAUCUGCGAGAAAUAUUAGCUUAUUCAUGCAAUCAGUAGAUCAUUGGUGAGAGCAUUCUGACAAACUAACUGGCGUCUGUACAUUAAACCUCACAAAAGCUGUCACUCUGUACUCAAUUCUCAAAUGCAAAAAGCUCCCUAUGUGCCUUAUGUAUUAUUUUGAUAAUGAAAACCAAAGAGGGGUAGGUUGUAAAUUCUAUUUUGAUGAAACGUCAUAUGAUUGUGUGUGUGUGUGUGUGUAUAUAUAUAUUAUAUAUAUAUGCCUUAAUGUUCCACAAAAAAACAAUUUAAAUAAAAAUGU